AUGUCCAUUCGGCAGUGGAAAGCAGCCGUCUGCCAGACCGAACCCUGCUGGCUUGACAAGACAGCGGGCGUGGCCAAGACGAUCCAACUCAUACGAGAAGCAAAAGAAAACUGCGCCGCCCUCAUCGCCUUCUCCGAGACCUGGCUCCCGGGCUACCCUCUCUUCCUCUGGAGCAAUGCCUACAUGGACAACCUGUCACUCGUUCAACGCUACAUCCAGAACAGCAUCACGGCGCAAGGUCCAGAGAUGCUGGCCAUACGGCGGACGGCCGCUGAAUGUCAAAUGUACGUCUCGCUGGGCUUUUCGGAGCGGGACGGGGCCUCGUUGUACAUCGCGCAGGUGUUGAUCGGGCCGGAUGGAAACGUGCUGCUACAUCGACGCAAACUCAAGCCGACGCACGUGGAACGGACGAUUUUCGGGGACGCGACGGGCGACUCGGUCAACAGUGUGGUCGCCACUCCGCUGGGCAAGAUUGGCAUGCUGAACUGCUGGGAGCACUUACAGCCGCUGCUGAAGUACCACGCCUACAGCCAGGGCGAAGAGGUGCACAUCGCCGCCUGGCCCAACAACCGCGUCGAGUGCACGGCCGAGCCGUGGACGCUGUCGAUGCAAGCCAGCGUGCUCAUGGCCAGCCAAUUCUACGCCCUCGAGGGCCAGACGUUCGUGCUGGCCGCCAACUACCCCAUUACGCAGGAGGGCCGCGACAAGAAUACGCCCGAGACGACCGACAAGACCAAGACGUGGAAGCGCGCUGUCGGUGGCGGCGCCGCCAGCGUCUACGGCCCCGACGGUCGCCGCCUCACCGAGCCCACCGACCACCAGUACGACGGGCUGAUCUACUGCGACAUCGACCUCGACAAGAUCUACGAGGCCAAGACGCUGGCUGACCCCGUCGGUCACUACUCCCGACCGGACCUGCUGCGGUUGUUGGUCGAUGACCAGCCCAAGAAUCACGUCGUCCGGUUGAACGAAAUGGGAACCCCACUGCCGGCGAGGACGCUCCUGUCACAGCACCGGCCUCUGGAUGCGUUGCUCGAAGCGAAGGAUUCUUGA